CUGAUCAUUUUUUUGCCUCUCUUUCUCGUCCCUGCAGUGAUUCACGAGUCCGUCUCUUGUCUUCUCUACCUGCUGGUGUUGGCUGAGCUGAUCGUCCACUCGUCAUGCCGUCCCGUGCACGGCAGCUCCCACUGCGGAUUGUUUGGAUCAAUGCUUCAUCAGGUGGAGCAGCUGAUGGACUUAGCAAAAACCAUGCACGACUUGACAGACGAUGAGCUCGUGCACCUGGCUCACUUGGACCACAGACUGGACAGUCUUCCUCACAUCGAGUACACGGCUGCUCAUUUCAGCACUAUGAAGCUAAACAAGUCACUGGCUCAGAUGUACGAGUACACCCAGUCCUUUAAACUUCACGUCAGCUGGAUGAAAACUGCCCAAGAAAACUUCAGCCUGUCCCUCCAGGCAGUUGAGAGCAGCAGCAGACACCUCCAUCACCUGUCCAACCUCAUCAAAACAUCUCUCCAGCAGAUCACUGAGGAGGUUCCUCAGUCGUCCCCACCCUCCUUCCCCGUCAUCUCCACUGCUUUUGAUGCUCUCAGGCACUCUUUGGAAAUAUCUGAGCGGUUGGAAGCCUUUUGCAUCUGGUCAAAAAGGGUGUUGCGGCACUUCCAGAGGCACUCUCGCUGCCCCAGAAACUAACCUCA